UGCUAGUUACACUGAGACGCUCUAGGCAACUUAGAAUUCUUUUUUUUCCUAGGAUUUUGAAGCCUUGACUCCAAACCUACUGGCCAGAACUGUUGAAACAGUAGAGGGGGGUGGAAUUGUGGUGAUUCUGCUGCGAACUAUGAACUCACUGAAACAGCUCUAUACAAUGACCAUGGAUGUCCAUUCUCGCUACAGAACAGAGGCACACCAGGAUGUAGUAGGAAGGUUUAACGAAAGGUUCAUUCUUUCUCUGGCCUCUUGCAAGAAUUGCAUUGUGAUUGAUGACCAGCUCAAUAUCUUGCCCAUCUCCACUCACGUUGCAAACAUCACACCUGUUCCACCGCGGUCACAGGAAGACAGUCUCCGUCCCCAGGAUAUAGAGCUGAAAGAGCUGAAGGAAAGCCUACAGGAUACACAGCCUGUCGGAGUUCUGGUGGAUGGCUGUAAAACUCUUGAUCAGGCAAAAGCAGUUCUGAAAUUUAUUGAAGCCAUAUCUGAGAAGACCCUGAGGAGCACUGUGGCAUUAACAGCAGCUAGGGGACGUGGUAAAUCUGCUGCUUUGGGUCUGGCUAUUGCUGGAGCAGUAGCUUUUGGUUACUCCAACAUCUUUGUCACAUCUCCAAGCCCUGAUAACCUCCACACCCUCUUUGAGUUUAUAUUUAAAGGCUUUGAUGCACUGCAGUAUCAGGAACAUCUAGAUUAUGAGAUUAUUCAGUCUUUAAACCCUGAGUUUAACAAGGCUGUUGUCAGAGUGAAUGUGUUUAAGGAGCACAGACAGACCAUUCAGUACAUACACCCUGCUGAUUCUGUGAAACUGGGUCAAGCUGAACUUGUCGUGAUUGAUGAAGCUGCUGCCAUCCCUCUGCCGCUGGUGAAAAAUCUGCUUGGCCCAUACCUGGUUUUCAUGGCUUCUACAAUAAACGGGUACGAGGGAACUGGCCGAUCAUUAUCUCUGAAGCUCAUUCAGCAGCUCCGGCAGCAGAGUGCACAAGCACAAGUCUCAAUGACAGCAGAAAACAAAACUACAGCUACAGCUAAGCUCACCUCAGCUCGUACAUUGCAUGAGGUCUCCCUCCACGAGUCAAUUAGAUACGCCCCGGGCGACCCUGUUGAGAAGUGGCUAAAUGACCUGCUGUGUUUGGACUGUCUCAACAUUACCCGAAUUAUUUCUGGCUGCCCACUGCCUGAGACCUGUGACCUAUACUAUGUAAAUAGAGACACACUCUUUUGUUACCACAAAGCCUCAGAAGUUUUUCUGCAGAGACUGAUGGCUCUCUAUGUGGCUUCACACUACAAGGUAAAGCUUGUUCUGUAUCCAUCAAAUAUUUGGUUAGAAGUUUUGUGGACGGAGCAUUGCUAGUUUAGGACAGUCUUAAUU